GCAAUCAUUUAGCCAUUUCGCCGGAAGCAGAAAACACCUUCGUGUGGAUGGUAAUAAAUCUCUGACAUUUUAACUCAGCGUUGUAGUACACACGUGGAAAGUGGAGUUUGAUCUCUUGGUGUGUUAACAGGAUUUGACACAGGCGCUAGAUUCCUGCGAUUGUCUUCCUCUAACGUGUGGCAUGCAGGAUUGUUUGGGGCAUAUCAGGUGGAACAAUACAGAGACAAACAACUUAUUUGAAGAUGAGCUUCAUGUCUACAGCUGGUCCCCAGGAGACCAGCAUGGCCACCACUCAGCCCUCAGUGGGCAGUGCCACCCUGGUCACUGUGGACAUAGUGGUGCUGGUCAUCUACUUCAUCCUGGUGCUGGCAGUGGGCUUCUGGUCCAUGUGGAGGACAAAGCGCAGCACCGUGGACGGCUACUUCCUGGCAGGGAAAAGUAUGACCUGGUGGCCUGUUGGGGCAUCACUGUUUGCCAGUAACAUUGGCAGUGGACAUUUUAUUGGUCUGGCGGGUUCAGGAGCUGCUGCAGGAAUUGGGGCGAUUGCCUAUGAAUGGAAUGGCAUGUUGAUGGUGCUGCUUCUGGGCUGGCUUUUCCUUCCAAUUUACAUUUCAUCUGGGGUGACGACCAUGCCAGAAUAUCUGCAGAAGCGGUUCGGUGGGAGAAGGACACAUUUGUCUUUAGCGGUUUUGUCUUUGUUCAUUUAUAUCUUCACAAAAAUAUCGGUGGACAUGUACGCGGGUGCUGUGUUCAUUCAGCUCGCCUUAAGAUGGAACAUCUACCUGGCUAUAGUGCUGCUGCUAGUAAUCACGGCUCUGUAUACUGUAGCAGGUGGUUUGGCUGCCGUCAUCUACACAGAUGCAGCUCAAACUGCCAUCAUGCUGGCAGGAGCUCUCACGCUCAUGGGCUUCAGCUUUGUGGAGGUUGGAGGAUGGAGCGCGUUGAUGGAGGGAUACAGCCAAGCGGUUCCUUCAGUCCGUGUCCCAAACUCAACCUGUGGCAUUCCCAGAGAGGACGCCUUCCACAUAUUCAGAGAUCCGGUGAACUCUGACCUGCCUUGGCCUGGUGUCCUUAUCGGCAUGUCCAUCCCUUCCAUGUGGUACUGGUGCUCUGACCAGGUCAUUGUGCAGCGCUCCCUGGCCGCCAAGAACCUGACCCACGCCAAAGGUGGCUCCCUGCUGGCUGCGUACCUCAAAAUCCUGCCUUUCUUUGCCGUCAUGCUCCCCGGCAUGAUCAGCAGAAUUCUCUACACAGAUGAAGUGGCGUGUGCAGACCCUGACCUUUGCAAACAAAUUUGUGGCAACUCAGUGGGUUGCUCUGACAUUGCUUAUGCCAAACUGGUGAUGGAGCUGCUGCCUUCUGGCCUGCGGGGUCUGAUGAUGGCCGUGAUGAUCGCGGCUCUCAUGUCAUCGCUGACUUCCAUCUUCAACAGCUCCAGCACCAUUUUCACCAUGGACUUGUGGAAGAGCUUCAGAUCGGAGGCUUCUGAAUGGGAGCUCAUGAUUGUGGGCAGGGUUUUCGUGCUGGUGUUGGUGGUGGUAUCUGUCCUGUGGAUUCCCGUCGUCCAGGCCAGUCAGGGUGGCCAGCUCUUCAUCUACAUCCAGUCCAUCAGCACCUACCUGCAGCCCCCCAUCGCCAUCAUCUUCCUCAUGGGCUGCUUCUGGAAGAGAACCAACGAGAAAGGGGCAUUCUGGGGGCUAGUUAUAGGCCUUGCUAUAGGCUGUGUACGCAUGUUGCUGGACUUCAUUUACCCCACUCCCCCGUGUUACGAGGAGGACACCCGGCCUGGAGUGUUGAAGUACGUCCAUUACCUCUACUUCUCCAUCCUGCUGUCUGUCAUCACUCUGUCCGUGGUGGUGGUAGUCAGCCUGGCUACAGAGGAACCGACUCCAGAGCAGAUAAGUCGUCUGACGUGGUUCACCAGGUUUGACCCGGUGAAGCCUAAAGAAAAGUUGGAGGAGGUCAGCUGCCAGUCAAACGACAGAGAUCCACAGAGAAACACAGAUGAGCACAAGCCCAGCUCUGCUUCAUCCGUGUCGAGCACCAGCAGUCAAUCCAGGUGGAUGUCUGUAAUCUACUGGCUGUGUGGAAUGGAGAGGCGGCGACAAGGAGAGAAUAACCCUGUGACCCCUCCUGCAUUUGAGCAGAAUAUCUGCAGUCUGGAGGAAAAGCCCACCCUGCAUUAUGUUGUGAAUGUAAACCUCAUCAUUAGCCUCUCUGUGACCGCCUUCAUCAUUGGUUACUGGGCAUGACAGUGAGGUGGCAGCACUCCAACAUAUGGGUGGUGUACACGACUGACAGGAAUGCUUUGGAAUUUAAGGACAUAAAUUAUUAGUUUUUUUUUUAUUUUAAAUAUGUUCAUGCAGACUGUAGAAUUGUUUGGUUCUUGAAUGUAAUUUUAUAUAUAGGUAUAGUGAUGAUCUCCUUAAAAAUGUUGCCGACGUUUAUCCUAAAAAAAAAUUGUAGUUAAAUUCAAAGAUAGAUUUAAAAAACGUACACAUAUUUAUGAAAUUACAGUAUUAUGUUAAGAUUAAAUAAAACACAGAUUUACUAUUUAAAGACAAAACUGCAAUAAAAAUAUCCACAAAUAUUUAUUUUUUUCUUUUGGUCAAAGCUGUAACUUCAAGUGAAUGUGAUCCUUUACAAAAGCAAUCAAAUUUGUAAGAAAAAUAGCCCCAUCUACAAAAAAAAGGAAAAAAAAAAACAUAAUUAUAAAUCAACAAUAGAGAAAAUCACAUAAAAUCACUUAAAUCACAUAAAAACACAAUCCCACCCCUUCCUAAUUACUAGCCAUGAUAGUAUAUAAUUGCUGGACAUGGUGAUGCACGCGGCCAUCCACAGCACCAAUGGUCAGCAAUGAAAGACAACAGCAUUUUAAUAUUGCACUUAAAUUGCCAAAAAUAGUUGAUCAAUAGCAACCCAAAAUGUGCUGAGCCUCUCAGAAAUUGAACUUUUCUUCCUUUGGCUCGUACUCGCACAUCUCAGCAGCUGAAGAAGUGAAAACUCCUAAAGUAAACCUGAAUCAUUUUCAGAUAAAUACUUUUUUUCUGCCAAAAAAUGUCCAACUUUACAAAUUUCUGCUGCAGAAAAAAAUAACAAUUUCAAAAGGGGUCUAAAAACAUACCUGAAACAGAUUUUAGAAUGCAAAAAUAAAACAUUUUGAUUAAACUUAGAAAAGAAAAAG